AUUGCGUCAAAUCGUGAAACCGCUCUCUCCCUCGUCACUCGCGCUGCCUCCGAAAUCGAGGACAGCGAGGACAACAUGAGGCGGCGGAGGCGCGCAUAAGAACGGGUCAGAAAACCGCGGGCAGUUCCUGACAGAUGAGUGACAAACGAAUCUGCCGCUUCUUCCUCAACGGGUCAGACACACACCACUCACCCGCUGGAUUGACAUCAGCCAGCCACUGUUGCCCUGUGUGUGUGUUUGUGUGUACGUGUUGCAGGUUCUGCAGGGAAGGCGAAUCAUGCCCCUACUCUCACGACGUAGGAAACACAAACCACCGAUGGAUAGACGGAUUGCCUGCAGGCCUUGCUGCCAGCCUCUCCCGCUCACCGACUGUUUGUUUCUCUGUGUUCUUGUGUGAAUUGCUUUGUUUGUCCCCCCUCCCUUCGUCCGUCGUCCGUCCCUCCCUGGCUGCCACAUAACAUACAAACAACCAUCCACCCGUGCUGUAGGUCAAGUCGGUGGGUCGCAGGAGCGAGGUGACGGGCAUCAAGGUGGGGAUGGACGCCCGCAAGCGGUACAUAGAGGCGCGCAACGAGACGACGGGGGCGCUGCGUGAGUUUGCUGACUAUGGCGAGGCGGCCGAGGCGCUGGGUGUGGACCAGAGUCAGGUCAUCAUCAAGGUCGCCGCCCGCAACCACCGCGACAAGAUCCUCAAGAUCAAAGGAGACGAGUGGACAUUCACCGAGAUACACACCGACAAGAGGUCCCACCAACAGCUCACCAACGGCUCAUCGGCCGCUGGUGGCCCCACUCCCCGGGACCGACCGGACCGAGACCGGUUGGAACGGGACCGGGACCGUAAUCGGGACCGGUCGGACCGGGAAAGCGACCUGGUGGCGAGUAGCUCACGGCCCAAGCUGCCUCUGCCCCAUCUGACUCCACCCCUCCCACGCAGGGACGGCCGCCGGGGCGACGACCCACCGCGGCGAGGGGAGGACCCCCGCAGCCGGCCGCAGCUCAUGAGGUUGGGCGACAGGAGCCGGUCUGGUGGGGCCUAUAGCAGCAGAGGCCCGCCAGACGACCGAGACCGCGUUAUGGUGAGGGACGACAGGGACAGACUGGACCGACAGGGCGCUGGCCCGGGUCCCCCCUCGUCGGCGAGGAUAAGGGAUCGCGAGCCGCAAGAGCCCCUUCCUCCCCCGACAGGGAGGCGCCGGGCGCUGGGCGACGGUCCUGGUGGCCAGUCGGGCCGAGAUGUGAUGGUGGGUGACGCAGGGCGUCGGGGCAUGGCGGACCGAAGAGGCAGGGAGGAUGGGCAGGGCGGGCGGGAGACGCCCAAGGCAUACGACAGGGAGAGGAGGGAGGACUCUGCCGAUAUGACGGGGGCGGGGCAGCAGAAUCGGGGGGCUGAUGGCGACAGCAGAUCUGGCCAGGCCUCGCUCAAGCGGAAGCAGGAUGACCGAGAUGUGAGUGACCAGGACAUGGACGUCAGCAGAGUGCUGGGGCUGCCUACCGUGCUGGGCGAUGCACUCAAGGCGCUGCUCAAGGGUCCACCAGCAAUCAUCGAGGACGACAAGAGCACGGCUGCCGAGGCGGCCCGAUCGUCCGAGAGGCACGUCGUCUCGUUGAGCCCUGUGGAGGUCAUCCGGUGCUCCAUCCUGCAGACCCUGCGAUCAAAGGGCGGCUGGGGGGUGGAGGCCGGGCCCGCCAUCAAGAGGGCAGCCGGGCCGGACGGCGAUGCUGUCGCUGUGCCCUUCAAUGGGAAGCAGAGGCCCAACGCCAUCCUGCCGCUCUUGACGUUUGGCGAGCUGCCCUUCCACCUGUACGAGUCACGGGCGGCGCAUGAGGAGGGCCGACCCUGGCAGGAGUCACCCCAACCACCGCCAGCAGCAGCAGCAGUAGCAGCAGCAACGGCAGGAGGAGAAGCCAAGAUGGACACGUCAGAGAGUGCAGGUGGAAUUCCACCUGUCAGUGCUGACACUCUGGUAGCCUGGCUGAUUGACGAGCCCGAGCGAAACGUUCGGCUUCGCAUCACUCUGGGUGCUGAUGUGCCUCUAAUGAUCCCCAAGGGCUCAGCGGCACCUGCUGCUGCCGCCGCUGCUGCAGCAUCGUCGGCAUCACCGUCACCGUCAGCGUCAGCAAGGGAUGGCGAGGUUCUGGUCAAGGCGGGCGGUUUGUGGUGUUUCCUCUACCAUGAGUGUCGGCGCAUGACGUACGAUCAGGACGCCAUCGCAUCCAAGGGCUACGAGUUCGUGGAGGGCGACGCGCAGAAGGCUGUCCGUGAGGUGCUGUGGGGCAGACACGAGCCGACCUUGCCAGCAGGCCACACCGUAGCAGCGGAGGUUGAUUUCGUCGACAGAUGUGGCCGUCCGGCCUUGCCCCCCGCCGCGUCGAGUGUGCCCACCCCUGAGCCAUCCCCUAUCUCAAGCCUGCCUGGCAUCAAUCCACCUCUGGGCGGUGCCUCUCCAGCUCGUGGGGAGUCGGGCCUGCCGUCGCUGUCGCCAUCUGGGUCGCCCACCCCUGGUGGCACCGGUGGCGAGGGUGCGGAGAGCGGUGCGUCGCAGGACAACGCCCCCUGCAUGCAGUGUGCAUGGUUCCAGAACGAGCUGGAGAGGAAGGUCACACUCAUCAACCAACUCAGGGAACAAAGGUAAGUAGGCAGGGAGCGAGAAAGGGAGAAAGGGAGACAAGACAACUAACUAGCAAGAGAGACAGACAGGGAGGGAGGGAGGUGUACUCAGCGACAGCUGUAUGUGUCCCGUCUGUCUGUCUGUCUGUCUGUGUGUCUGUUAACGAACCGAGUAGUGCGAGUGAUGAGCGUGCGACAGUAGGCGAGUACGAGAAGAAGCUGCGGUCGCUGACUGAGGCCCUCGAGCAGGAGAGGGAGUAAGCCAGGCCAGGCCAGCCAGGAAGGGAGCAAGGAGAUGCAUCUGCAUCACAUCACAUACACACAUCUGUGGGCGUGGGCGUGUGUGACUUACUGUGUGUAGGCGUGGUCAGAGGUUGUCUAGGAGUCUCGACAAGACCGAGCAGGAGUUGGCCGACAAGACUCAACAGCUCGCCACUGCACAACAGGACGUUGCUGCACGCACGCUAGACUAGUAAGCACGCCCUGCCACACCACCACCUUAUGGAGGGGGCGCGCAUAUGUGACGUACGUACGUCACUUCUUGUCAUGGUGCCUGCCUGCCUGCCUGCAGCAAGCGGCUGCUGGCCAAGCACGAUCUGGAAACGCAGAAACACGCCAAGUGAGGAUGAUUUCUAUCCCAUCGAUGAGGGAUGACGAGCCCAGCCAGCCUUGCAAGGGAGUAAAGUGCCAAUGUUUUUUUGUGCGGCGUGCGUCUGCGUGUCCGUCCGUGUGUGUCAGGCUGAGUGACGAGUUGAAGGAGACGCAGGAUCGGCUGCAGGCCGCGGAGAACCAAAACAGGUGGGUAAUGAUUGUCGUGCACUGAGAGGGAGGGAGGGAGGAGUGGCAACCAGGCAGACAGGCAGGCAGAGGCAGCGAAUCAAUGAGGUGGAUAGACGAGCGAGUAAGGGAGGCAUCAGAUUGCUGUGGGCGGGUGAGGCAGGAGGCAGGUAUGGUUGGUAAUAUUGGUUGCCACCCGUCCACCCAUCCAUCGGGCUGGCUGGGCUGGGCUGCUCUCUAUCUACUCAAUAAUCUAUCUCCUACUGCCCUCUCUGAGUGCAUUGAUUGCGGCGAGGCGAGCGAGACGAGGCAGCGCAGCAAGCCAUCCAUUCAGAGCGUAUUUAUUAUCUAUCAUCCAUCCCAUUAUCCAUCAUCAAGGGUGCCUUGCCUGCCCACCUGCCUUGGUCAAUCAUGAUGGUGGCUGUUGUCCUUGCUGUCCUUCUUCAUGUGUGGCGUACCCUACCUGCCUACCUACACUACCACCGCCAGGUCAUCGGCUACGACAUCCGCUCAGGCCGGCCAAACAAAUGCAGGACCACAACAGCAGCAACGGCAAGGGGAGGGCGGAGCGGCGGCAGCUGCAGCAGCUGGUGGUGGUAAUGGUGGUAGCGGUGUGUCCCAACAAACGCAGCAGCCACCCCCGGUAGCGCCGACCAGCAAUGAUGGGUCUGACGCAGCGGCAGCAAGGUGUGUCUGUGCGAGGGUGGGCGAGUGGGUGGAUGGACGGAUGAUGGUCCGGUCCGUCUACAUAAAUUACAUCCACGGAGAGAGAGAGAGAAAGACAGUCUGCGUACGUAUGUCUCAGGCCUGUCUGUCUCUGUCUGUCUGUUUGUUUGUGUGGUCGAAUGUUUGUGUGUGUCUGUAUCCGUCGUCCGUCCGUCGGUCGUCAGUUUCGAGCGUGAGAUAUCGGAUGCGUACGUGCGUCAUCAGCAGCAGUGCGAGCAGAUGCAACUCAUCUACCACGAACAGUAAGCAAGCAAGGCAGCAAGGCAGGAAGGAACCAUCCUACCAGUGACGCCAGCACAUCUCGUGUGUGUGUGUGUAGGUUGAGUGAGCGUGACCACCGUCUUCAGCAGCUGCACGAGCAGCUGCAGUGGCUGCCCCGCCCCCCAGCCCCCAACAUGCCACCGCCGCAUCGCAUACCCGCACCCUUCAGACCAUAG